AGGGACCAAAAAUUAAAUAAAUUAUUUAUUUUCCCUUCAAUUAAAUGAAGCAAGAGUCCAAGUUUCAUUGCAUUUCUCCCUUUAUUUAUUUAUUUAAAGUUUAAAAAAUUAAUUGAUUCCUUUUUCAUCUUCUUCCCUGUGUUUGUGCUUUCUAUAAAGGACACCCACCCUCCGGUUUGGUCCUCACGCACAGAAAGAGGGAUUCCUCUCCGCACUAAUUGGUGUUCGGGGAAGAAGAAGACUGAAAUUGGAGGGGAAAGAUGGUGUCUGCAAAUAGGGAGAUGGCUGUCUAUUGCUUCGAUGCUUUGAUCGCUCACUACAACAGCGAGGAAGCUCCUCCUCCUGCCUUUAACGAGGGCCAACACCCAUUGUUUGUCACUUGGAAGAAAGUGGUGAAUGGUUCAGAGCCUCGUUUACGUGGAUGUAUUGGAACUCUAGAAGCCCGCUGCCUCAUUAAUGGCUUCAGGGACUGUGCUCUAAAUAGUGCUUUGAGAGAUCGCAGGUUUCCCCCUAUACAAGCUAAAGAAUUGCCUUACUUAGAAUGUACAGUUUCCAUUCUGACCAAUUAUGAAACAGCUAACAACUACCUUGACUGGGAGGUUGGGAAGCAUGGUAUAAUUAUUGAGUUUACUGAUCCUGACUACAAUACUAAGCGAAGUGCCACAUACUUGCCUGAGGUGGCAGCCCAUGAAGGUUGGACAAAAAUGGAGGCAAUUGACUCACUGAUGCGCAAAGCAGGGUAUGGUGGCGCAAUCACCGAGUCUCUGAGAAAGCGUAUACGACUGACCCGUUACCAGAGUACAUUAUUCACCCUGCACUACAGUGACUAUGCUUCGUAUGAGCUUAAUUUCUUUAAUUAA